CCGACUACUUCGUGAUCUGUGGGCUGGACACCGAGACUGGCCUGGAGCCGGACGAGCUCUCCGCAUUAUGCCAGUAUAUACAGGCCUCUAAAGCCCAAGAUGGUGGUGGCCGUUUCAUUUCAAGUUCAGCAGAAGGUGAAAAUUUUGAGCAAACUCCAUUAAGACGCACAUUCAAGUCCAAAGUUCUGGCUCGUUAUCCAGAAAAUGUUGAAUGGAAUCCUUUUGAUCAGGAUGCGGUAGGAAUGCUAUGUAUGCCUAAGGGUCUGUCUUUCAAGACACAAGCUGAUGCCAGAGAACCUCAGUUCCAUUCAUUUAUCAUUACACGUGAAGAUGGCUCACGGACUUUUGGAUUUUCUCUAACAUUUUAUGAGGAAGUUACCAGUAAACAAAUCUGCAGUGCAAUGCAGACAUUGUAUCUCAUGCACAAUGCGGAAUAUGAUAUUCUUCAUGCUCCAUCUACCAAUGAUAAAGAUAACUGUAGCACUAUAGAGGACUGUAAUGGUACCUCUGUAUCAAAACUACAGCGAUUUAACUCGUACGACAUUAGUAGAGACACACUCUAUGUCUCUAAGUGUAUUUGCCUAAUAACUCCAAUGUCUUUCAUGAAGGCAUGUAGGAAAGUGCUUGAACAACUCCAUCAAGCUGUAACUUCACCUCAACCACCACCGUUACCUUUGGAAAGCUUUAUCUACAACAUUCUGUAUGAAGUUCCUCUCCCUCCAGCAGGAAGAUCCCUAAAAUUUUCAGGAGUUUAUGGACCGAUAAUCUGCCAGAGGCCAAGCACCAAUGAAUUGCCAUUAUUUGAUUUUCCAGUCAAAGAUGUUUUUGAAUUACUUGGAGUGGAGAAUAUGGUUCAACUCUUCACCUGUGCUCUUCUGGAAUUUCAGAUACUGCUUUAUUCACAACAUUACCAGAGACUGAUGACCGUGGCAGAGACAAUCACAGCAUUGAUGUUUCCAUUCCAGUGGCAGCAUGUCUAUGUCCCUAUCCUUCCAGCCUCUCUCCUACAUUUUCUAGAUGCUCCUGUCCCAUAUUUAAUGGGAUUGCACUCUAAUGGGCUUGAUGACCGGUCUAAACUGGAGCUCCCUCAAGAGGCAAAUUUGUGUUUUGUGGAUAUAGACAACCACUAUGUUGAGUUGCCAGAAGACUUGCCUCAAUUUCCAAAUAAACUUGAAUUCAUUCAGGAAGUCUCUGAAGUCCUUAUGGCUUUUGGGAUUCCACCUGAGGGAAACCUGCAUUGUAAUGAAAGUGCCUCGAAGAUGAUGAAAAGCCUCAGGACCUGUGACAUAGUCUCUGAUAAGAGAAACGGUAACAUAGGAGGACCAACUAUGAAUUCUUAUGAACUACUGAAAGAAAAUGAAACCAUAGCAAGACUGCAAGCACUUGUUAAAAGAACAGGAGUUAGUCUAGAAAAGGUUGAAGUUCGAGAGGAGAUGAGUAGCAAGAAGGAUCUGAAAAUGCAAUGUGAUGAAGAAGAGUUAAAGAUUUACCAGCUCAACAUUCAAAUACGGGAAGUUUUUGCAAAUCGUUUCACUCAGAUGUUUGCAGAUUAUGAAGUAUUUGUUAUUCAGCCCAGUCAGGACAAAGAGUCGUGGUUUACUAAUAGAGAGCAGAUGCAGAACUUUGAUAAAGCAUCCUUCUUGUCUGAUCAGCCUGAACCUUAUUUGCCUUUCCUCUCAAGAUUUUUGGAGACGCAGAUGUUUGCUUCUUUUAUUGACAACAAGAUUAUGUGUCAUGAUGGAGAUGAUAAAGAUCCUAUCUUGAGAGUGUUUGAUUUUAGAGUUGAUAAAAUUAGACUGUUAAAUGUUCGAACACCAACUUUGCGCACAUCCAUGUAUCAAAAAUGCACUACCAUUGAUGAAGCUGAAAAAGCUAUUGAGUUAAGAUUGGCAAAAAUAGACCAUACUGCAGUCCAUCCCCAUUUAUUAGAUAUGAAGAUUGGGCAAGGAAAAUAUGAACCUGGAUUUUUUCCCAAGCUACAAUCUGAUGUACUAUCAACAGGGCCAGCAAGCAAUAAAUGGACCAAACGCAACGCACCUGCACAGUGGAGGAGGAAAGACAGACAGAAACAGCACACAGAGCACCUGCGUCUUGAUAACGAUCAGAGAGAGAAAUACAUCCAAGAAGCUCGAAAUCUGGGCAGCACUAUCCGGCAACCUAAAUUGUCUAAUCUUUCACCAUCAGUAAUUGCCCAGACCAAUUUGAAAUUUGUUGAAGGAUUGCUGAAGGAAUGCCGAUAUAAGACAAAGAGGAUGCUUGUGGAAAAAAUGGGCCGUGAAGCAGUAGAACUUGGUCAUGGUGAGGUGAACAUUACAGGGGUGGAAGAAAAUACAUUGAUAGCCAGUCUCUGUGACCUUUUAGAAAGAAUAUGGAGCCAUGGACUUCAGGUGAAGCAGGAUAGAAGCUGUACUACUUUCAUCCUAGAAGAUAGAGCAUCAGUAUACUCUGCUACAACUCAGAUUUGGGCCUUUCAGACCACCAAGCGGCCAACCAUACAUAAGGGAAAAUCUGCUUUGUGGUCACAUUUGUUACAUUACCAAGAAAACAGACAGCGAAAACCUACAUCUGGAAGCUUCAGUACCUCAGGAAUUCUUCUAGAUGCUGAAAGAAGGAAGUCAGAUGCCAACCCAGGAAUGUCUCCUUUAAGAGUAUCCCUCAUCCAGGACAUGAGACAUAUUCAGAAUAUUAGUGAGAUCAAAACAGAUGUUGGUAAGGCUAGAGCUUGGGUUCGGCUCUCCAUGGAAAAGAAAUUACUCUCCAGACAUCUGAAACACCUUCUUUCUGAUUAUGAACUUACAAAAAAACUCUACAAGCGCUAUGCUUUCCUCCGUUGUGAUGAUGAAAAAGAACAGUUUCUUUAUCAUCUCUUGUCAUUCAAUGCUGUGGAUUACUUCUGCUUCACCAAUGUUUUUACAACAAUUUUGAUUCCAUACCAUAUAUUGAUUGUUCCUAGCAAAAAACUUGGUGGCUCAAUGUUCACAGCCAACCCAUGGAUAUGCAUUUCAGGAGAAUUGGGUGAAACAGGAAUCCUGCAGAUUCCAAGAAAUAUGCUGGAGAUGACAUUUGAGUGUCAGAAUUUGGGAAAACUUACUACGGUACAAAUAGGACAUGAUAAUUCUGGAUUGUAUGCCAAGUGGCUAGUGGAAUAUGUUAUGGUCAGAAAUGAAGUGACAGGUCACACUUACAAGUUUCCAUGUGGAAGAUGGCUUGGAAAAGGUGUAGAUGAUGGCAGUUUAGAAAGGAUCCUAGUGGGAGAACUGCUGACAUCCCAUACUGAGGUAGAUGAAAGGCAGUGCAGAACCCCUCCAUUGCAGCAGUCCCCCAGCAUGAUCAGAAGAUUUGUCACCAUAUCACCAAACAACAAGCCAAAGUUAAAUACAGGUCAGAUACAAGAAUCGAUUGGAGAAGCAGUGAAUGGAAUUGUCAAACACUUCCACAAGCCAGAGAAAGAGAGAGGAAGUUUAACACUUUUGCUCUGUGGAGAAGGUGGACUUGUUUCAGCUCUUGAGCAAGUGUUUCAGCAUGGAUUUAAAUCUCCUAGGCUCUUCAAAAAUGUUUUUAUUUGGGAUUUUCUAGAAAAAGCACAAGGAUUUUAUGAAGCUCUCGAUCAGAAUGAACUGGUCCCAGAAGAAAACUGGCAGAAAAGGGCUAGGAGUUUUUGUCGCUUUGUAACAGCCAUCAACAACACUCCUAGAAACAUUGGGAAAGAUGGCAAGUUUCAGAUGUUAGUUUGCCUUGGAGCCAGAGAUCAUCUCUUACACCAUUGGAUUGCUUUGUUGGCAGACUGUCCCAUCACUGCUCAGAUGUAUGAGGAUACAGCAUUGAUAAAAGAUCAUACGCUUGUGAAUUCUUUGAUCCGUGUGCUGCAAACAUUGCAGGAGUUCAAUAUCACACUGGAGGCAUCCCUUGUCAAGGGAAUUGACAUCUGAUUCUGCUUCAUGCAGCAAGCACUGUAAAAAAAAAAAAAAAAA